AUGCGCAGUAAGCACGUGUCAUGCCCCUUAUAUGUAAACUGUGCAAAUGGCUACAAAAUCAAGAAGUGACCUUGAUGCUCUGGUGGUCCAGGUGGAAGGAUUGAAUCUAGAGGAGAACAAAGCUGGCUCAGGGGCUUAUGGCUGUGUCUUUAGAGUGACGGUGAAUGGAAGAGACUGCAUUGCUAAGAAGCUGCAUCACAUAUUGCUCCAAGAGCAAUCCCUUGGACAGAGGGAGAGGAUUGUGACCAAGUUCAGAAAUGAAUGUCGUAUUCUGAGUGUUUUACAUCACCCCAACAUAGUCGGUUUCGUUGGAGUCCAUUACGGCCGCGAUAAGAACGACAUCAGUCUAAUAAUGGAGAGGCUUCAUUCCGACUUGGCUAAAUUCCUUGAAACCCAUCGAGACACGAAUAUCGCCACUAGAAUCCAUAUCCUGUAUGAUGUAUCCAAAGGCCUUCGCUAUCUCCACUCUCUGACCCCUCCCCUCAUCCAUCGUGACCUCACUGCUCCCAACAUCUUGCUCACUGAGGACCUCACUGCCAAGAUCGGAGACCUGGGUGUCUCCAGGUAUGUUGACCUAGACAGAUUGACUCAUAUACUGACAAGCGUCCCAGGAAAUCCAAAAUACAUGCCUCCCGAGUGUCAUGACGAACAGCCCACCUACACUACCAAGCUGGACAUCUUCUCAUUCGGUCAUCUCAUAAUUCACACUGUUAUCGGUGAUUUCCCUAAAGUCUCGUACUUAACUCACGAUGCUAUUAAGUACGUGGAUGAUGGAAAGGUGGAGCUCAUGCGUCGAAGCACUGCUGUCCAUGGUGACAAAAUGGGGGAGAAACACGCUCUUUAUCCUCUUGUUGUUAGCUGCCUCCAUGACCGACCUCAACAGAGACCAUCAGUUGACGAAGUGAUUGUCUCACUCAGAAAGCUGUGUCUACAGCAGCCCAGGAUGGCAUUUCUGGAAGCUUGUAAGACGGGUGAUGUGGGUGUGGUUCUGGAGCUACUGGAGUGUGGGGCUGAUCCCAAUCAGGCAGACGAGGCCACGGGAAUACUGCAAUAUGUCCGUUGGUUGAUCUCUGUUCCUCAGAAUGGUGCUACUGCUCUUUACUGGGCCAGUAGGAAUGGACAUGAUGAGAUAGUGAGGGUCCUCUUAGCAGCCAAGGCUACAGUCAACACUCAGACAAAGUCGGGACAGACCCCUCUUUGGGUAGCCAGUUUCUAUGGUCACCAGAAAUGUAUGGAGCUCCUAAUCGAUGCUGGGGCCAAUGUUGAUGUACCCAAAGAGGAUGGAUUCACUGCAUUGAUUGCAGCUGCUCAGGAGGGUCAUGCGAGGGCAGUGGAAAUAUUAAUUGCUGCAAAAGCUAGAGUUGACGUUCCACAGAAGAACGGAGCCACAGCAUUGUACAUGGCCAGUCAGGACGGUCAUUGUGGAGUUGUUAGAAUGUUGUUGGAGGCCAAGGCUGACGUUAAAAUCAAAACUAAUGACGGACGUACUGCCUAUGAUGUGGCUAGUAGGAAUGGACACACUCAAGUGUGUGAACUACUACACUGACUCUGUACCUUAUUAACUGUACUGUUACCAUGGCAGCUAGCCUCCGAUAGAUACGUUGAUUGCAAAUUUAUACACUACAUCAUUUUGUCUUAUAAUUAAUUUUUUUCUAUAUACGGUUUCUCAUGUAUUUCACCAAGUUACAUUCUGAUCAUGUAAAACUUGAAAGUUAA